AUGGAGAAUAGCAGAGGCAAUCAACUUCCUGGUCAUAGGUUCUGCCCCAUGGACGAUGAACUAGUUCUCUUCUAUCUCAAGCCCAUGUUGAGCGGACAGAACGUGCCCGGCAGAAACCGUGUGGUGUUCGACUGCGACCUCUACAGUCAACAAGAACCUUGGGAGAUAUGGGAGGCCUUCAAGACCAGAAGACCACACGACUUGAGGCUCAACAAGGACAUUUACUUCUUCACCCAACACAAGAAGAUGAGUUCCACAGACAAGCGCGUACGCCGGAAUGUUGGAAGUGGCACCUGGAAAGGCGACGACUCCGGCAAGCCAGUACGAUCUGUUGAAACUGGUCGUGUUGUUGGCUUGAAGAAAAGAUAUACUUACAAGAACGAAGACUCGGUGCACAACGGCUGUUGGAUCUUGCAUGAGUUCUACCUCGAUCAAUCACUGAGAGACAAGAAACAUAAGGUGAAAGACUAUGUUCUUUGUCUACUACGAAAGAAUGGUGAACCCAAAACCAAGAUCGAAAAGAAGAGAAAGCAACGUGAAGAGGAAGAGGUUCUUGAUAACAAUUAUGCCUUUGAUGAUGGAGAAAACUCGAACAUGGAGCAAGAAGAGUUCCAUGAGCCACAAGCGAAGCGACAACGAACCGUGCCAUCCAUUGAUAAUGCACCACUAACAAUGCCAUCAGAAGAUGAUGCUGCAUUCGUAGCUGAACUAGAAGAGUCAUUGGAAUGCUUUAAAGAUGAUAAUGCACCACCAACAGUGCCAUCAGAAGACGAUGCGGCAUUCGCAGCUGCACUAGAAGAGUCAUUGGAAUGCUUUGAAGAUGAUAAUGCACCACUAACAAUGUCAUCAGAAGAUGAUGCUGCAUUCGCAGCUGAACUAGAAGAGUCAUUGGAAUGCUUUGAAGAUGAUAAUGCACCCUCAGAAGCUCACGCAAUUGGCUUUCAAGUUGAGGAAAAUGGUGGACAGCAACCAUUAGCAGCCGAGGUGCAGGCAGGCCCUUCAUUUGGAGACGAUCAUGGGAUAUUUAAUAUGCUGCAGGGGGAAGAUUUUCUCUUGGAGGAAAUGUUAGAACAAAUGGGUAUAGAAAAGGAAGAACCAGUUCUUAAUGGUGUGAGUAGUAAUAUAGAUGUGGCUGAAGACGUGGUAAACAGCACCCUUGUGGAGGUCCCAACUGAUGAGCAACAAAAGACAGCUGAUAAAGAUUGUUCAGAUUGGUUGGAGUCGAUCAAUUUUAGUCCUAAGGAAAACAACUUCUUUUGGAGUGAAAUGCAAUGGUGUUCGUAG